GUAGGUAGCCAAAUUCUCAAACAAAAUAAUCCUGAAAUUCAACGUUUGAAGCAGAACAAAAGCCUUCAACUUUACAUCCUUAAACAGCGUAUGCGCCAAAAAUGUGUAUUGCAAAGAGGAACUUGAACACACGGAUUUAAGUGUUAUCUGUAUUGACAAUGACGUGAGUGUCAUAUCCAAGAUGGCGAUGGUUAUUUCCCAGACGACAAAAGCGGCAAUUGGCGGGUUUUUAGCUUUAAUGAUCCUUGGUGCUGUGCUAGUUGUCGGAGCCGCUUUCGGGUGGUUCGACCCGAAAAGAGAAGAUGAGGAUACGCCUGCAAAGAUCAGCGCUAGAUUGCAGGGGAGGACCUCGUUCGUCACGCAUAGAGCGGUGAACCCAGACGAGAAUCAUCUACCGGUUGUCUCGCACUCGUCGCCGUUUUACGUUGGAGAUAAAAGUGGAAGCACAGAUGCAACCGCAGUACAAGGAACGUGCCGAUGCAGUCUAAAUGACAUCUCUCAAAUCUUGGAAGUGAUGCCAGAGUUAAGAGGACCUCCUGGACCACAAGGACCAACCGGGGCUGACGGCACUACGGGCGCUCCAGGGAAAACGGGACAAAUUGGAGACCCCGGACCUGCAGGGCCUCCAGGAUCUAAAGGCGAUCGAGGGGAAAGAGGGGAUACAGGGAAUUCAGGUCCAGAAGGUCAACCUGGUCCCAAAGGCGACCCUGGCGCGGAUGGUUCUCCUGGGCCACAGGGCCCUCAAGGCCCACCCGGUCUACCAGGCCCUGUGACAUCUGCACUAAUAGAAUCAACAGGAUUAUAUGGGUCUGUUAAUCCUGGUAUCCAAGGACCUCAAGGCGAGAGGGGUCCAAUGGGCCUUCCAGGGCCUCAAGGGGAGAGAGGCUACCCUGGGAAUAAGGGCGAGAGGGGAUUACUUGGCCCUAAAGGAGACAAAGGCGACCGGGGGUACGUGGGACUUAGAGGUCCACACGGUGCCAAAGGCGAAAAAGGCCCUCCAGGCCGAGAUGGGGUUCCAGGCCUGCCGGGAGCGCACGGCCGUCCCUCAGAAAAGGGUGAAAAAGGUGCUAGAGGUCUUCCUGGUCUGCCUGGACCUCCGAUGCCGACAAUAUCUGACAAUGCUGUGCUGAGUGACAUCACACGAACAGAGGCUUCGCUCUUGAAGGGUCCGAAGGGAGACCGCGGGGAGACUGGUGAAAAGGGUGAGAAAGGAAAUAGGGGCCUCGAGGGACCACAAGGAUUCCCAGGCGUUGACGGAAAGCCUGGUGAACGGGGUGACAUAGGGCCGUCUGGCUUACCAGGAACACAGGGCUCGACUGGUCUUCCAGGGUCUAAAGGUGACCGCGGCGAACCUGGCCCGCCUGGACCAGUAGCUAUAUCUCGAGACGAUGCUAUGGUUAUGACCAAGGGCGAUAAAGGUGAUGCAGGGCCUCGCGGUAAAAGAGGCCAUCCAGGGCCACCUGGACCGAGAGGUCCUCCAGGACUACCAGGACCUCCAGGUACUCCAGGUGUGAAUGGGCCCACUGGAGACAUUGGACUUCCUGGAUGGGCGGGCCCGCCCGGAGCCACAGGUCAGCCCGGUCCCCCAGGCCCGAAAGGUGAAAAAGGGGACUCCGCCGUUAACCCACUUGACUUGGAAAAGAUAAAAGGUGACAAAGGUGAUAGAGGAUUCGAUGGUAAUCCUGGUGCGCCGGGCAAGGAUGGGCCGCGUGGGCCUCCAGGACCUCCUGGAACUCCAGCAUCGAACGUCCAAUAUGUACCAGUGCCUGGACCUCCAGGCCCCCCUGGUCCACCUGGAACUUCACCAGGGCUAUCAAAAGAUUCAGUCGAUACACUCACAGAUAGUCCUGGAGUUAGAAGGGAGCCCAAUACAGGCAAACAGCGGGAUCCUCUACAAAUUCUACGAAGCCUGAACCAUCUGGUGCAGUACCGACAAGAGCCGCACGGUUUUCGAGAUUCAUUAGAUCCACUUGGUGAAGGCUCAGAUUUAGAUGACGAAGAGGACGGAAGGGCUAUUGUUGGAACCAUCCUAUUUAAAACUACUGAUUCGUUGAGACGUCUAGGAGUAAAUAGUCCUCGAGGAACUUUGGCAUACGUGUUACAAGAACAAGCUUUGCUGAUUCGUGUCAACAACGGCUGGCAAUACGUAGCGAUGGGGUCAUUACUCGCUUUGCACGCUCCGCCCACGAACGGCCCUACCAGGUCGCCAUUGCAGAACAUUCUGGAAACGUCCAGUUUGGUUCACCACAAGAAUCCAGCUGUCGAUGGACCAGUCUUACGUCUGGCUGCAUUAAACGAGCCUCGCACGGGCGACAUGCACGGCGUUAGCAGCACAAAUUACGAAUGCAAAAGACAAGCUCAGAGAGCUAACAUGGACGGAACAUUCCGAGCGUUUAUAUCGUCGAGGGUUCAAGCAAUAGAUUCCAUCGUCAGCUGGGUGGACAGAGAGAUUCCAGUCGUGAACACAAGAGGAGACGUUCUGUUUAAUUCUUGGGGUGAAAUGUUCGAUGGUUCAGGAGCAUUGUUCGCUCAUGCCCCCAGGAUAUACAGCUUCAGUGGUCAGAAUGUUCUAAUGGACCCUGGUUGGCCUACAAAAGCCGUCUGGCACGGCGCUAGUUCCACCGGCGAGCCAGCCAUGGAUGCGUACUGUGACGCAUGGCAUAGCAGCAGCCCAGAUAAAUUUGGUCUCGCAUCUUCACUGCACACGAAUAAACUGCUGGAUCAAGAGACAUAUUCGUGCAGCAGUAGGUUGAUAGUAUUAUGCGUGGAAGCAACUCCGGCUGAUACGGUUCGAAGAAAAAAACGAUCCAGCAGGUAUCGAACAAACGAAAAGCUCAAGUUCUUGAAAGAUUCAGAAAAAUCGAAUGAAACUAGUCAAAGCUUAUAGGUAAAGAAUAUAAUCUGUGUAUGACUGAAAACGGUUGUUCUACUUCUCACGUUGUCUAUGUAAAUAAAUUUAUUAAAAAUUUGUUUUUUUUUUAUUAUUAUUUAAAUUCGAAUAUGAUUCUUUCAGAACCAGUUUUCAUGAUCAUUUUAUAUAAUAAAUUUAGCCGACUUUUUUUUAUAAAGUCUGGAUCCGACUUACCGUUUUUGUAUCUCUUAGUUUAAUGAUACAGUGAAAACAACGAGAAAUAGUUCUUGCGUUUGUGUGGGUUGACAGUGUGAAAAAGGUCGGAUCGAGUACUGCAAUGCGACAUAUUACGUCGCAGCGAUAAUGUUCUUUGCUCUAUACAGACACACACCUACACACACAAAAACACACAAACAAGAAUAUAAAAAUGUAAAAUAGUACGUCUAGGUCUGACUUUUUAAAUGAGUUUGAAACUACGAAUUGGAUAGGAGAACAUUCAAAUUUAAUUUCCAAAAUUUAUUGAAAAAUUAUUAAAAAUCGAAGACUGUAUAAAAAUUGGAAUAGGAAAUAUCAAUUUUGAGAGUCAAUCAAAUAAAAGGAAUGAAUCGACAAUAUUUAUUAAUAAAGAAUCUUCUAAUAUGUACGCCACUACUAAAAUACAUUAAAAAUCUAUAGAUGAAACUUAAUAAAUUAGAUCAUAAUUAAUAUAUAAAAAAUUGAAUGUUUAAUUACAGCCAUUUCUGUAAUUAAGGAGAGCGUGAAAAUAUUUAGAUAGAUUUAAUAGAAACAAAUAUCAAUGUUAAAAUUUGUAAAUAAUUAGACAAAAGCUUAACUAUAUUUUGUUCUAAAAUUACCUAUUGUCUAUUUUUGCGCUUAAUACUAAAGAAUAUUAUAUUUUUGUUCGCAAUUUAAAUACCCAGCUGUGUAGCUCUCUCAGAUGAACUGAACUAAAAUUCCGUUAAUGUUAUAUAUAGCAAUUAUUUACAAGUGAAGGCACGUGGGUCUGGAAAAUCCCCAUUAUCAAAAGAAAUUUC